AUGAAACUGACUUUUUUGAAACAACGCGCAUGCCCAGCGCACGCGCUCUUCGCAGCUUCCCUUGACCUUUGCCCCGCCGGCGGCCCUGGAGCCGGGGCCCGCGGGGCCAGGAAGCCGGAGCUCGUGCCCCCGAAGCAGAACGGCUGCGUGGCCAAGUACCUAGCCCAGAUCAUUGUGAUAGGCGUGCAGGUGGUGGGCAGGGCCUUUGCCCGGGCCCUGCGACAGGAGUUUGCAGCCAGCCAGGCAGCAGCUGACGCCCGGGGACGUGCCAGACACCAGUCUGCAGCCGCCUCCAACCUCUCCGGCCUCAGCCUCCAGGAGACGCAGCAGAUUCUCAACGUCUUCAAGCUGAGCCCUGAGGAGACCCAGAAGAACUACGAACACCUAGUCAAGGUGAGUGAUAAAUCCGUGGGCGCUUCCUUCUACCUGCUGUUAAAGGUGGUGCGAGCAAAGGAGCGCUUUGAGGAGCAACUCAGAAUCCAGGCCCAGGAAGACAGAGCGAGAGCAGCCGCCCAAAACGUGACCACUUGGCGCCUCCCACCGCGCCCACCGCCCCUCCACCCACCUCUAAUUUAUAGCUCGCAAAGCUGCUGCUUCACUGUGGCAGCAGCAGUUUGUUUAGAAGCAGUGGAAUUUGGUUCAAAGUUUUUCCAACAUUCAGAGCCAUCAGCACACGCUAGCUGGAACCUGUCCUCAGAGGCUUGGGUGCCAGCUCCUCCAACCCUUUCUCAAGCUCACAGAUACCAGCCCUUGCCAAGCAGUGGUCACUUACAGAAAAACGACUUUCAGCUCCUCCUCCUGCCGGUGCUACUUCCUUGA